UUGUCUGAUCCACUCUCUGACCCAGAUGGAAGUGUUUUGGUCCGUAUGCAGGCAUUGCUUCAUGCCUCACUGGAUACAGCUGCAAGCGUCUGAUUCUAUUGAUUGAAUGUUUUCAUGGAUGGAACAAGCCCUGACUCUUGUGGGCACAUUCUCUGUAUGCAUCUAGGGCCUAGACACAGCUGUUUGGUGCAGUGUGCAGUAGUCCUCAUGCUAUUCUUACAAUAAAGCCAAUCUGAAUCGGAGCUGAUUCGGGGUUUUAAACCUCUGGGGUGGUGUUCUUCUAUUGGUUUUCUACCCUGUGUAGACCAGAUGAGGAAUGUCUCUCUACUGCUUCAUCAGUAGUAUGGGGGUUGAUGCCCUACUUCAAUUGAGUUUGUUUUUGGUAUACUGUAUCUUGUAUCAGUAAUUGGCUAAAUGUUUUACUUUUCUCACAGAAUUACGAAUAACGUCAGUGUAAACUGACUCGCAUAUAUGACAAUUAGGAUCAGUGACAUAUUUCAUUUGGAGUUGAAUAAGCCUUGUGAAUUACCUUGAAAUGAAUCAAUUGGUGACUCAGCCGCCUUGAUAUUCAAUUCAAUUCAAUUCAAUUCAAUUGUAUUUAUAUAGCGCCAUAACAAUACAAUUGUCUCUAGGCGCUUUACAGAGCCCAGAGCCUGAUAUUGCCCCAUACUGUGUACCAUAUAGGCUCCACAGUGGAAUGGAAACACAUCAUACACAAUGUUUUACAGUAGGCUAUGUAAGGAGUAUAAAGAAUGGACCCUUUGUACAUGAUACAUAAAAAGGGACCGUGUGACCGUACCCAGACUCCUAUUUGGAUCUUGCCACAGCAGCAGUCCUUUUUUGGAAGUAUUCAAUGGCUGUUUUAGAAAGUGAACUAUGUGUGGAAUGUUUUGCAGGAAGUGUUUUAUAAAAUUGAAAAUUGAGUGAAAGGCUGAGAAUUAGCUUUUAGUUUUGAUUUUAUGUCGGAUUUUGCUGUUUCAGUGAAUGAAGUCUAAUGUCUUGGAAUGAGCAUCUGCCAUUGUCAUCAAAUCUACCACCCAGAGCAUAUAUACCCUUAAAGGAUCAGAGGUAUAUAUCACCCAGAGCAUAUAUACCAACCAGAGGUUGGCCACUGGCCAUAAAGGCAGGAUUAUAUCAGAGAGGAGAAUAAGUAAAUAUAAAUUGGUGCUUUUAAGUAUGUGUUUUGAAAUUGCCUUAGAACAUGAAGUAAGUAAGUAAUAUGUGCUCUUGCAUUUCUUGGCCCAGAAUGGGAGAUUGUGUAGUUGUUGUUGUUGUUUCACUGUGGAGGCCUCAGUAUCCUCCAGGGUGCCUGGGAGUCCUCAGAGAGCCAAACCUGUAUGGGCCGCAAUGGGACCAAUAGUAACGCCUCAAGACCGCCUAACUCCUUUGGUCUCUGUGAAGUGGAGUCUGUAACCCCAAAUGACACUAGAUAGCAUGGACUGAGCUUUCAUAAAGAAAACUGCUGGUGGAGAAAAAGAGAUCACGGAAAAUAAAAAAAUAAUACGUGAGAGGACUACCAUUUUCAUUAUAGAAACUCUACCAUGUAGGGACACAUGCAGAGCUGACCAUCUUUGUGCGUCAUCUCCAAUACACUUAAGAGUCUUACCAAAGCUCUUGCUUUCUCAAUUCUACUGCCUGAUUUGAAUCCCUAGAUAUACAAAGCCCUCUUUGGCUACAACUAAAGGAGAUUGAAGAGGUGGAUGGGAAGGUACAGUACAAGUGAUCUACCCCAGUUGACCUUGGAGAUCUUUUAACAGUUUUGUCAUAACAUGCAUUCAUGUCUGUUGGACUUAAACAAGUCACAAGUAGCUUGUCGUCAUGACUGCAAAUGAAGCUUGUCGCCAUGACAGCACAAGAAGCUUGUCGUCAUGACCGCACAUGCUAGUUUUCCUGUUGGCAUGUUUGUCUCAAAAUACACGUACUCAACAACACACCCACAAAUGAAUUUAUAGUUUCACAGGUCCCACACAGACUUUGCACUACUGUAGUGUACUAUGAGUAAAAAGUACAAAUUCUGCUCGACCCCUCCCUGAUGUUGACGUUGUGCAAUUGGUGCGUGUGACGGGGCACCUGCGUGACCCGCCACUGCAGCCUGUAGGCUGCUGCCUUUACUGGACUGGGGGCUGGUGUUUUGUGUGUGUUUUGCGUGUUUGGUGUUUGUGUCAGUGUACAGUGUAUAUGUACGUUAUCCAACCCACUCGGUUUAAAAUAAUCACUCAAAUUCAAUGUCUUGUCAUACAUGUUCCGUUUAUUUAGUUUACCAAAACACAUCGUAAUAUCACUUUGCAUUGUCCGUCUUACCGUUGUUAGUGUCGUCUUCCGUCUGUUUGUUUGGUUGCGUGAAUGGCGCAACCAAGCACGAUUUUAAAACUAACUCCCGGGUUAACCCGAUGUAUUUCCGAUUGUUUGGCUGAGAUAUUAUGUGUCGGUUAUGCCUUCACUAAGCCAUUGUUGCUACAUGUGGCCUAGGCCAUUUUCCCAGCCAAGUGGGACAUUGUUUGUUUUGAGUAUGGCUGCUGUGAGCCACAGGUGUUGGUGCCUGGGCCGAUGACACACCUGCCGUAUAAUAAUUGGCAUGAGCCAAUUGGAGGUCGUGUCUAGGCUACUUAAACUCGCCUUCCCUUUUGUUCGGGAGAGUUGCCUGGUAAUAGGACGUAAGUCUUAGGUGCUCUCGCGUGGACUAGUUAUCUUGGUCCUUUUACUUGCCUUGUUUUGUUUCGGGAGAGGUAUCGUGUUUAAUAAGGCGUAAGCCUUACGAGCUCUCACUGACCAGCUAUUGUGGUCCUGUUUAGAUAGUCGACUAUUUAUUGUACAUAUUUGUAUUGAGGCUGUGAUGCCAAUGUAUUUGUCUUAGCUCAAGUUUAAUUUCUAUUGCUUUAUUUUUGUAUUUAGUAAUGUCCUUGUUAGCCUGCCUUAUGUGAGGAAAUAAAAACCUCAUUCUUCAAACAUCUUCUACCUCCUGAGUCCUCCAUGAGUUUCCAUCUAGCUCUAACCGCGACGGCUAUCUCGACCUUUCACAGUGCGUUAUUAUGUCAUACGCACGAACGCACAGCUGCACUUUGCCCUUGGUUGUACACUGACUUGUCAUACGGAGAAUGACGUCUGAGCCACGGCCACAGCAUGCAUGUUAUUGGAACCUGGGGGACUGGUUUGUUGCCGUGUGUUAUGCAGUGCUUUCUAUUCUUCACACUUGCCUGUUUGGGCCUCAGCUCGGCUACUCGUGGAGCACACAACAGAAGAGAUGCUGCUCUGACACCCAGCAGACCUCAGAUAUACCACUGCCGCUCCCCCAACAUGGAGACCUUCACCUGCUGGUGGCAUCCACUUGAGAAUGCUUCCUCUGGCAACGAGAUGGUCAACUACACAUUCUCAUACACUAUAGAGAAUGAGCAUCGACCACGAGAGUGUCCAGACUACGUGACAGGUGGGCCCAACAGCUGCUACUUCGACACGGCGCACACACGCGUCUGGGAGGUGUACUGCAUGAACGUAACGGCCAGAAGCAGCAGAGGGGCCUUCACUUCACAGGAACACUGCCUGGAUGUGGCUGACAUCGUGGAAAUAGAUCCACCCUUCAACCUGACAUACACCUUGAUGAACAACAGUGAGGGAGAAUCAGGGCGCACAGCUCUGGUGUCGUGGUCCUACCCAAUCCCAUCGCUGGUGCACAUUGGCUGGAUCACUCUGCUCUAUGAGCUGCGCUUCAGGACAGCAGCAGACCCUGGCAACUGGAAGGUCAAAGGCCUGCUGCGUGAGCCCCAACUGGAGCUCCUAGACCUGCCAGUGGGCACCUACGAGGUGAUGGUGCGCUGCCGCUCCAAGAACAACAACAUCUGGAGUCAGUGGAGCGCUCCCCUCGUCAUCACAGUACCAUUAGGGCACACAGGAGCAGACCGAAUGCUGGCACUGAUUCUCAUCACGGGAGUCGGGGUCAUGGCAGUCCUCAUCAUUGGCUUUGGAGUCAUACCCCAGAGCAAAAGGAUUAAAGCCUUUCUCCUUCCACCUAUACCCAAACCACAUAUAAGAGGCCUGGACCCUACACUUUUAAAGAAGGGGAAAAUGGAUGAAAUAAAUCGCCACUUCUCAUCAUUCCACGGCUAUAAGUCUCCACAAUACCGUGAGGAGAGUUGGUACCAGGUGUACACAGAUGAGGGCUUGUCUGGUCACUCUGACCUUCAGUCUCAGCCCAUCAAUGAGAAGAUCACAGAGCCACCUGCCUACCCUCACAGCCAGCAGAUUACACCGACCAGCGAGGGAUCACGGAACUGCCAGGGUCCAACACCUUACAUUGAGAACCCUGCAUCCUACGUCACAGAGUCCAUGGAUCUCCCUGCAUUCCCUGAGAGCCCUGUUUCUCCAUGGGCCACAGGUUUUGGUUCCUCACAUCCUCAGCAAGUUCCCAGUACGGGUUACAGCCUGAUUGAGAACUCUGCCCCUGGCACCUCGCCAGGCCCAGCUGUGCCAACCCUGCAUGACUUCUACACGUGUGUCAAUGUGGUCAGCCCCAGUGGUGCCGUUCAUCUGGUGCCCUUUCUGCCUGAGGGAUCCAAGAAGGCUGCCAACAGGCCACAGGGGGAGGAGGACUCACAGAAGAACAGCCAGAUGGCAGCAUACUUGGCUGGAAAGAUGGAGGAGCUGGUCAGUGGGAGUGCCAGUGUGAACCAGGGAGAGCUGGGGGAAACGCAAGGGACAGGGGCAGGGGUAGCUGCAGAUUUACUAUCACAGCCAAAGUAAAAACAAUCUUAAUAUCUUAAUAAAAAUAUACUUUCUCCAACAAGAUUCACAUACACACACACACACACAGAAAUAUGUGUACACACACAUACCCUCAGGAUACACACGUACUUGUAUACACUGGAAACAUAGAACCCAUGCACACAGACCUAACUCCCAUCAUAUACGUCAGGUUUAAACUAUGGCUGGAGAAGAUUAACUCACUAAGACGUGUGUGGAGAGUUUCUUGUGAAGGACUAUGCCCUCAAUCCGCCUCUGCCUUUGCACAUUGACCCUUCUUGUUCUAAUCUGAUGUUAAGGCAGGGCCAUUCAAAUCAACUCUGACUCAAGUGUGUUGAUACUGCAACUUCCAUUUCACAAGCUCAGGCUUACAUCAUUUAAUCUGGAAACACACAGCUGACCACUGAUGGAGCCCAGGAGGGAACAAUACUGGAACAAAAUGUGUAGUGAGUUAAUAGUGAGUUAAUAAUGAGUUGUGAUCUGAAACCCGGCUAAUGUUCCACCUGUGCUUUAAGAAUUGAUAAAAAGGUUGGGUCCAUUUGAUCAGAGACGAAGAGCAGGUAUUUGUUGUAUUGGAGGCCUUUUCUAAGGAGAAUAAAUAUGGCAUUUCUCCCGGCUGAGUUUAGUGAACUUGCUGCAAACUAAUCGGAUCGCUUGCCUCAGGCCCUUUGGUCUAUGUCUAUAAGUGGCAUCCAAAACCCCCCAAAACCCUACUAACACUCUCAAGACACUGUGAGCAUAAUGAAACAUGUGGGAUGACAACACCAUUUCAGGAGGACUGUUUCUCAUGAAUGAAGAGAUUUAUUUGUGAGUAAUCUACUGUCGUCUACUGUUGGUUCACUGUUGUAGUAGCUUGGAACAGUCAUACCUGUCACUCACUACUUCAAGACAAAGUUGAAGGAUGGGAGGUAUGGGUGAAUUUAGUUUUGAAUGUCAUUGUCAUUGUGUAAUUGUAUAUAAUCGGAAGGUACUAUAUGUUGUUCUCUGAUUUCCUGUCACUUUAAAGACAUCACUUUCUCUGUGCUCAUUGUGACAGUGACUCCUUCUGUUAGCCUUAGAUAAGUCACUAGCACUAGGAAGUGUUAUUUCCAUGUCCUUCUUUACUUCCUGACAGGACAAGAAGUGUUGACUUGAUGGAGAUAUUAGGUUCAGAGUCCUCUGAGUGCAUCUAAGACACACAUACUGAACACUCCCACUCCCAAACACACACACAUACUGAACACACACACUCCCAAACACACACACACACAC